AUGGCUGACUAUUGGUUGGAUAAGUUUCAAAUUAAUUGCAAGUCAGACGUACACUGUGUUGAUCAAAAAAUAUGUAUGCGUAUGGAUCCGAAUUGCCCUCUUUAUUGCAAGGAACAUAAUGGGCCUACCAAAAUGGAAGAAGAGAAGACCCUAUCCCCAAUUAGCGUAUUGUUGAUAUAUACAGCCUCUGUUUUGCUGCUCUUCAGAUUCAUUCUCUCGGUUUUCAUGCAUCCCACAAGUCCAAGUACGGCCAUUAUACAAGGUGAACAAAUGAUUUGUACAUCUCAAUCACUUUCUCUCAGAGAUACUUUGAAGCUAGUGACUUAUCAUUAUGUUCCUGAGGGACAACAUUAUCAAGUACUACUCUUCCAUUUGAUAAUAACUUCGAUAUGGAUAAUUGAAUACUUUACUGGAGCGCUAGGUAGUUUUAGAGCAGAUAAUUUUCAAGUGUGGAUUGAAGUUUUAUGGUUCAACUUACCGCGAUUCUUUAUUUGGACUAUAAUUAUCUUCGUUAAUACCUUACAAGGCAUCAUCGUUGCUGUCAUUGCUGCUAUAAGAAAAAAAACUGUACAACAUUGUAACGACUACAAGAAAGCGAGUGAUGAUUGGUUUGCAACUUUUAUUCAUAAAGGAUUCUUUUACAAAAUUCUGUAUUGGCUACAGUUGCACGUAUUUAUUUUCGCUAUUUCUUUCAAAGUCAAUGACUUUAACAUAAAAUCCAAUCGCUUUUAUAAAUAUUUUCUAACAAUCUAUUUUACGAUGACAUUCCUAACAAUAUCUUACGUAUUAGUGGAUUUUGGUUUUAUUGUUCUAGGUGCCAUCAUCUAUGUCACUUCCUUUCAAAACACAUCGAUACCUUAUCUUAUAAUCGGGUUACCGUUGAAUAUCGUUUUAAUUGCUUUAAUUCAAAAUCACUUAGGUCAAAGACGAUACUUGUUAGACUUAUUCAACAAAGUGAAUGCAACAGAUAUUCCAGUAUAUAUUAAAACUAAUCAAAGACAAAACAAAGUCUUGAUGAAAGUUUCUCGUAACGCAGUUCCGUUCACUAAACAGUUAGAACAUUUCUUCCGACAGAAAAAAACUGGAAAAGAUGUUACAAAUGAGUAUUUUAUAUUUAACGAAAGAAGUUCUGAUGAAACAAUAAGCGAAUUAGCUGAGAUAAUACAUUGGGAGGAUGUUGGAUCAAACUUUGAAAUUGUUGAAAAUUGGAACGGGCAGAAGUGGAUAAGAUCAUCUAUUUAUAAAUCAGCAGUUGACGCUUCAGUAUCUAUAGUCAACGAUGAAAACAUCGAUUCAGUACGCAGUAUUAUUGGUGGUGUAUUAAUACCUUAUAUUUCUAUAGUUGUUGCUAUUUUUAUUACACGUACAUCUACAAAUGAAACAUCUGAUAAAAGAACUAUCUGUAAACUUAUAGCUAAAGACAUAGAUUAUUUAAAAGCAACAGCUAUUGUAUCCGAAGUGUAA